AUGAAAACUCAAGAAAAUUUCUGUAAAUCUUUAGAAUCAUUAGAAGAUCCAGAUCAUCGUUUUAAAGUAGAUAGAUGGAUCAGAAAAGAAGGUGGCGGUGGAAUUACAUGUGUCUUACAAGAUGGAAUUGUGUUUGAAAAAGCUGGUGUAAAUGUAUCAGUUGUUACUGGUACAUUACCACCAAAUGCUGUACAACAAAUGAGAGCACGUGGAAAAAAAAUGCAAGAAGGACCUGCACCAUUCUUUGCUGCUGGUGUAAGCGCUGUAAUACAUCCUCGUAAUCCUAUGGUUCCAACAAUACAUUUUAAUUAUCGUUAUUUUGAAAUUGAAAAUCGGGAUGGUACAAUUCAAUGGUGGUUCGGAGGUGGUACUGAUUUAACUCCUUAUUAUUUAAAUGAAGAUGAUGUAAAACAUUUUCACAAUACUCUAAAAGUUGCAUGUGAUAAACAUAGUCCAUCUUAUUAUUCACAAUUUAAAAAAUGGUGUGACGAUUAUUUUUUCAUCACACAUAGAGGAGAACGUAGGGGUGUAGGUGGUAUCUUUUUUGAUGACCUUGAUGAACCAAAUCAAAAUGAAGCAUUUCAAUUUGUAAAGUCUUGUGCAGAAGCUGUAAUUCCUUCUUACAUUCCAUUAGUAAAAAAGCAUAAAGAUGAUGCAUAUGGGUAUGCUGAAAGACAAUGGCAGUUACUACGUAGAGGAAGAUAUGUUGAAUUUAAUUUAAUAUAUGAUCGUGGUACAAAGUUUGGUCUGUAUACUCCUGGGGCACGAUACGAGAGCAUUUUAAUGUCUUUACCUUUAUCUGCCAAGUGGCAAUACAUGCAUGAACCAGAACCGGAAUCAAAAGAAGCAAUGCUUAUUGAAGUAUUAAAAAAUCCUAGAAAUUGGUUAAAUAUCUAAAAAUAAAAUUUGUUAACCAUCAGAAAUAAUGUACUUAACAUUAUUUGUCCUAUAGAAACUAUACUAUUUAAUGAUCAAGUUAUCUUAAUGUUAAAGCAGCAUAAUCAUUUAUUCGUUUUUUAUGUUCUGUAUACGUGAAAAAAUUCAAAUCAGUUACGAAUAUUGCUUACUAAACUACAACAAAAUAUAUGUAAAGUUUUCAAAGAGAUUAAACUUUUUUGAUCUUUUUUAAACAAUUUUUUUACAAAUAAUUUUUUUAACUAAAUUAUUUUAAAACUUUUAAAUAAUUUAGUAUAAUAAUUACUGGUUUACACAAAUAUUUUUUAAUAUACAUAUUUAUUUGUAUUA